AUCGCCGCGGCGUGCCGAAAAAUGGCGGCCGACGGUGAAGAAGACGUGGAGACGGUUACGGGGGUUGCGCUGCUUGCGGAUGCACUAAGGAGCCAGGGUGUUGAGUGGGUGUUUGGAGUGGUAGGUAUUCCCGUCACAAACAUCGCUCCGGCUCUCCAAGACGCGGGCAUAGGCUACAUAGGAAUGAGAAACGAGCAGGCCGCCAGCUAUGCAGCGUCUGUUGUGGGUUAUCUUACUGGAAGGCCAGGCUGUUGUCUGGUGGUCACAGGUCCAGGUCUCAUACAUGCCCUACCAGGAAUAGCCAAUGCACACGUCAACUGCUGGCCGUUACUGGUGGUGGCAGGGGGGUGUGACCAGGACCAGAUCGGAAUGGGAGCUUUCCAGGAAUGGCCUCAGCUGGAGGACUGCUCGAGGUGUAAGUAUGCCGUUCGCUUGGAGACACUUGAAUCAAUUCCUUUCCAUGUUGAGAAGGCAGUUCGGUCCAGUCUGUACGGACGACCGGGUCCAUCCUACAUUGAAAUUCCUGGCAACAUGACCAGCGAUGCUGUACCAAUCACCAGAAUAGAACAGGUGUUGCCAUGUCCCCCGCCGCCCAUGAGCCUAGCUGACCCAGCAGCAGUCCAGAGAGCGGUCUCUCUACUCAGGUCGGCCCAGCGACCUCUCGUCAUCGUCGGCAAAGGAGUGGCCUACGCCUUUGCGGAGCACGAGGCCAGGUCUCUGAUUGUCCCUCGUCGUCUCCCGUUUCUUCCGACUCCCAUGGGGAAGGGAGUUCUAUCUGAUGCACACCCACUCUGUGUGUCUCCAGCAAGAUCAAGGGCUCUGCAGGAAGCCGACGUGAUUCUGCUGUUGGGAGCAAGGCUCAACUGGAUCCUCCAUUUUGGACUGCCACCUCGGUUCAGCAGAGACGUCAAGAUCAUACAGGUGGAGAUAUGUCCAGAGGAGUUUAGUAACAAUGUCCCUGCUCACCUGAUGCUACACGGGCACCUCAAGCCAGUUCUGAAACAGUUGGUGGAAGAGUUUGGGCAGUGGGUCAUGGAUAGAGAUGGGCAGUGGUGGUCUAGGUUGAAGGAAAAGAUUCAUAUUAACAUGAACAUCAACAAGGAGCUAGCUUCAGUUACCUCACUACCAAUGAAUUUCUAUGCAGCGUACGAUAUAAUGAAAGACUACAUACCUCGCAAUGCUGUACUAGUGAAUGAAGGGUCAGCGACGAUGGACAUUGGACGUACUGUUUUUCUCUCUCACUUUCCACGAAGAAGGCUAGAUGCAGGUUCAUUUGGGACCAUGGGGCUAGGCUGUGGCUACGCCAUUGCGGCAGCUCUGAUAGAGCAGAGGAAACCAGACGGACAGAGGUCACCGGUGGUGGCGAUACAAGGAGACAGUGCAUUUGGCUUCUCCGGAAUGGAGCUAGAAACUGCCUCAAGGUAUCAGCUCCCAAUAGUGUUUGUAGUGAUGAACAACAGCGGUAUAUAUCGCGGUGUGGACUCUGAGACCUGGACAGAGCUCAACGAAGAGCCCGAACUACCACUGAGCCUCCCGCCACAAGUCUGCUACCAGGAGCAGCUUACCACGAUCUUGGCAAGGCGUUCUUGGGAGAAGGAAUAUUAGUGAAGACGCAUGAGCAGCUAAGAUGGGCUAUGGGCUACGCCUUCUCUCGUGAGCGGACGGCAAAUAAACGGGGGAGACCCCUAGUAAUUAACGUCAUUAUUGACCCGUACUCGAGUAGAAAGCCUCAGGCACAUUCGUGGUUGACUAGGUCGAAACUAUGAAAAUCUGUUUUUUGUUUGCAUGAUUAUUAUGAUGAUGCAAUGUGCAAGAAGAAUUGAUUGUGAGUCACGUGUUGAAAUUUGCAACAAUAUCCGGCCGGAUAUCCGCUAUCAUCUCAUGACUUGAUGACGUAAUCAUUGGUAUAAAACAACGCGUGCAGUGCGCAUGAGCGCUAAAAUAAAGGAGCUAGAGUCGCGGAGUAAGCUUGCUUCUUCCUGUCUUCGUUCCCUGACCAGCUUGCACUGUAUGCCGCUGUUUGGAAAGAGCAAGAAAUCUUCCUCCAACAUGUCUGGUAAGACAGCGCCUAGCGAGCGAGUCUGGUAGCCUACACGUAACUGGGCUACUUUUCGUUCGCUGCGCAGGUGGAACGCCUUACCCAACCCAGCAGUCCACACCUCAAGCUGCCUACCCCACACAACCACAAGCUUCUCCAUAUGGUCAGCCACCUCCAGCGUACAACCAACCACCUCCUGGAUAUGUCGGAUACCCUCCCCAACCCCCACAAGCUUUUCCACAGCAACCACAAGCCCCUCUUGGCGUGUUUGACCAGGGAGCGCGUUUUGCGCCGGGGCAAGCUGUCCACAUCCCUCCUCCUCCGCCGGGAGUGGCCCCCACUGCAGCUCAGGCGGCUGCUCAACAGGGACAGAGUGUCGUCAUGACGCAGGCCCCCAGGGAUGUCUUGGGCGGUGGCUCAGAUGCUGGAUACACAAUAUUUUAAAUCCCAGUCAAGUCUUCCUGGAGGAGAUGAAGUUUUACAUAUUUAUAGAUCUUAUGUUUUGUGGAAAACUUUGUAUUGUCAUGUCUUGUGUUUUUAUCAGGCCACACCCCC